AUGGGAAGUAGUGAACUGGUGGUUGAGGUUCAUUAUGGGGGUAGGUUCGAUCGGAGGUUUGGUUGUGUGUAUGUACGUGGUGAAGUUGAAGUGCAUCACGAGAAGGUUGACCUUGAUAAAUUAUCAUAUUUUGAAAUUGAAGGUAUAUGUAAGAAAUAUGGGUAUAGGCCAGGGGAUUUAAUGUAUUUUAAAGAUCCUGGGAAGAGUCUUGUUGAUGGCUUGUAUUUAAUUACUUCAGACCAUGAUGUACUUGCAUUGUCUGCUUGCCAUACUGGGCGUGUAAUAUUGGAAUUAUACAUUGUGUCUUUUGGGAAUGAAGGGGGUGGUGAAGAGGAUAGUGAAGACGAUGAUGAAUACGGAGGGAGGGUUAAUUUUGAUGAUCCUUGGUGGGCAGAUAAGUUAAGUGAAGAUGAAGACUUAUUUGAUGUUGAUGUUGGUGCGGGUGCUGGACCAUCUAAUGUACAACCUGAUAAUCAUAGGGUUGAGAGUAGUGAAGAGAGUAGUAAAGAGGGUAGUGAUAAUGAUAGUGAAGAUGGGGACCACACUGAAGCUGACCAAAUAACAUAUGAAGAUGUUGAUGAAGAUGUUGAUGAUGACUAUAACUCUGAUAUGGGUAGAAGUGACAUUCUUGUCUCACCAGUACCUAGUGAUGAAGAAUGUGAAAUAACCUCUUCUCCAGGGCCUGAGUUCCAUUCAGUUGACAUGGGAGAUCCAGUUUUGGAACUAGAGAUGAAAUUCCCAGAUAUACGGACAUUUAGGGAGGCUAUUAGGAUGUUCAAUCUUAAAAGGGGGAAGGACAUCACAUUUAAAAGGAAUGAGAGACAAAAGUGUAUAGUUGUGUGUAAGGAACCAAAUUGUAAUUAUAGAGUAUAUGCCAGAAAGCUGCCUGAUGAAGAGACAUUUCAGAUAAGGUCUAUGCAAAGUGAACAUUUGUGUUGCAGGCAAUUUAAGAACUCAAUUGUCACAUCCACUUGGAUUGCUGACAAACUCAUAGACAAGUUUAGAGUUCAGCCCAACAUGCCUUUGGGUGCGAUUCAGAAUGAAGUGAAAGAAAGGUGGAGGGUGGAUGUAAAUCCAAGCAUGAUGUAUAGGGCAAGAACAAAGGCUAAUAGAAAAUUUUUUGGAAAGCAUGAGCUUCAAUAUGUGAAGUUGUGGGACUAUUGUGAGACAUUGAGAUCAACCAACCCGGGAAGUUGUGUUGUGAUGAAAGUGGAUAGGCCAAUGCUUGAGGUCAAUCCAAAGUUUCUAAGAAUGUAUUGUUCCCUGGCUGCCAUGAAGAAAGGCUUUCUAGAAGGAUGUAGACCUGUUAUAGGGGUGGAUGGGUGCUUCCUUAAAGGUCCAUUUAAGGGGCAACUCCUAGCUACGGUUGGACGAGAUGGGAAUGAUAAUAUGUAUCCAAUUGCCUAUGCUGUAAUCGAAGCUGAGACCAAGGACAGUUGGAUAUGGUUUUUGGAAACCUUAGUAUCCGAUCUUGGAAACCAUGAGCAGCAUAGCAGGCCAACAUUUAUUUCAGAUCGACAGAAAGGGCUAAUGCCAGCAUUUGAGGUGGUCAUCCCAAAUGUAGACCAUAGGAUUUGUGUCAGGCAUUUGUAUGCCAACUUCAGGGACAUUGGGGGGCAUUGA